AUGGACUUCGUCAUGAAACAAGCUCUAGGAGGGGCUACCAAAGACAUGGGGAAGAUGCUAGGUGGGGAUGAGGAGAAAGACCCAGAUGCUGCCAAGAAAGAAGAGGAACGACAGGAAGCUCUCAGGCAACAAGAGGAAGAGAGAAAAGCCAAAUAUGCCAAGAUGGAGGCUGAAAGAGAAGUUAUGAGACAAGGGAUUCGAGACAAGUAUGGGAUAAAGAAGAAGGAGGAAAAGGAAGCAGAGGCCCAGGCUGCACUGGAAGCUAAUGCUGAAGGAAGUCUGACACGGCCAAAGAAGGCUAUCCCUCCUGGCUGCGGGGAUGAGGAGGAAGAGGAAGAAGAAAGCAUUCUAGACACAGUCAUCAAAUACCUACCAGGGCCACUGCAAGACAUGUUCAAGAAGUAA